CAUCCUAAUACUAAUUUGGGCUUGGAAGUUGGAAGACCCAAAUCUGAACCCGAAUACCCAAAACCCAUUUACCAAAUCAUGACCGAGUCACUGACGACGAGUAGCGAGGUCAGAAUUCUGAUUUUUCAGCCUCCGUCGCGCUCCGACUAAGAAAGCUUCAAUUGCAAAAAUGGCCGACGAAGCCAACAGGGCUGCGUUCUUGGAAAUUCAAGGCCGCAUGAUCGAGCUCACUGCGAAAUUGAAGCAGGUGCAGACGCAGAUGCGGAACAAGGAAGGAGAAAGGAAGCGUGCUUUUCUAACCUUGGAGGAGCUGCGGCCUCUAUCUGAUGAUUCAAAUACUUACAAAUCUAUAGGGAGAACGUUUGUGUUAGAGCCCAAGUCAGUGUUAGUGAAAGAACAGGAACAAAAGCUCAAGGAUAGUGAGACUGCAAUCGCCUCGCUCCAGACCUCAAAGGAAUACAUCGAGAAACAGGUUGCAGAGGUGGAGAGCAACUUGAGGGAGCUAUUGAACCAAGAUCCAGCUCUUGCUCGCCAGAUAAUGUCCAUGUCUGUAAUGUAGUUUUUAAACUUGUGAAUUUUUUCUGCAGUUACUUUGUUUUCCAUUCAGAACAAAACAGUUGGUAGAUUUACUGGUUUUCCUCUCGGCUUGCCCCCUGUUAUUUAUAAUAUAAACGUGGUGUUUUCUUAUAUGGUAGAUGAUAGGUGACAUAUACUUAGCAACUUAAGCAAGUUCUUUCUAUUUGCUUGAGCAAGUUAAAGUUUUAAAGGGUG